GAAAUGGUAAUACAAGUUGAUUCAGAAGGAUCGUCGAAGUCCGCGGGACAAACACAGAAUAUGGAAUCUAAAAAGUAUAUUGUUGUUAAAAACCACGUGAGGGAAAUCCAACAUAAAGACAUUGAAAGUUCUAGUGAUGAACAUAAUUCUACAAAUGUUGAAAACUUUAAGAAGCCGAUUAAAAAACACAAGCAUAAAAAGCAACAAUCAUCGUCUUCUGAUGACAAUAAUUUAAGCAUAACUGAAAUCUCUAAAAGUGACCUAAAAGAGUUAAAAACAGUUUACAAAAAAUGCAAAGCCGUUCUGAUGAAUAUUGAGUCAAAAUACGGCCAUUUGUUAAGUUUAGAUGACAAUGAAAUAACUAAUAAAGGUAAAAGAAAACAUGAUAGAGAUGAAGAUGAUCAAUGUACUUGUACAUUAAAUAGGAAGAUAGUUUUUGAUGAUAAUGGUCAAGAGGUGUAUGAUGAAGGGCAUCACUUACAAAAUCACAUUUGUGCAAAGAAAUUAAAAAAUCACACUCGACCAUUUCCUGAAACAUAUCCUAAUGUACAAAUAGAAAAUGAAAUCUCGUAUGAUAAUUUACCAGAAACUAUACAAGAACUAACAGAUUUACUAAAGAAUCCUUCAAUUGAGUUUAAUCUUAGACAAAGUAUCAUUGGAAAAAUUAGAGAUAUAAGACAAGAUUAUUUAAAUAUGAUAAGAUUUGAAAGAAGUACACUUAUAGAAAAAUUGAAGACAAAUCCGGAAGAUAUUAUUGAUUUUAAAGGCACUAAUAUUUCAUCUUUAGCAGGAUAUCCAACUAAAUAAAACGAACAACAUGCUAAUCUGUCACUAUCAAUAAUCUCUUUCAGAUUUUUGUUUGUAUAGAAUUUGAUUGUUUUCAAAUUAAUUGUUUUAUAUUAAAAUGUACCAAGCCAUGUGACAUUGAAAAAUUCAAUUAUAACUU